AUGACUCGAAUUUAUGUUCAGCGUGGUUCUUCCACUGGUGGUGCUUCUCAGAACCCUAAUACUAAUACUAACAACCCUAAUCAGAAUCCUAAUCAUGGCCGUGCUGGUGCUGGGUCAUCUUCCGUUCGGCCGGAGCAGGGGACACAGGUUCUGUCUGCUGCUAAGGAUGAGGAAAGUGUAGAGGAGCAACAUAAACUGACUGUUGGUGAUGAGAAUUCGGAGUAUGCUGGGAGUAGUAACAUGGCAAAGAUUGAUGAGCUUUUUAUGGAAAGUCUUUGUUUGGAGGAGAGUGAUGCACCUUUAGGCAUGGAAGUGUUGGCUGAUCUUCCUGGGAAAGAUGUUAAAGAAGAGGUUGAGGGUUCUCAAGAAGAAAGAUCUGUGAUAGAGAACGAAGGCUUGUGUGAGGAGGAUAAUCCUGUUAAUGUUGGUGGUGGUGGUUCACAUCCUCCACCUCCUCCUGUUCCACCUCCAAAGCCUUCUGCAACUAACUUAACUUCGAGAAGAGGUGCAUCAGGGUCUCCUAAUGCUGUUAAUGCAGGAUCACCAAGGAGAACAAAUGUGUGGCCUGUUGUUUCGGCUAGGUCUUCACCUGCUGGGUCUCGGCCUUCAUCUCCCAAAGCGCAUAAUGAAAGUGAGGGGUAUAAUAGUGCUGAUGAACAGAAUCCAUGCUAUGUAUCCUCUUAUGCUGAUGCAGAAAGAGAGCGGCAGUUUGAAUUUGAUAUUAGAAGGGUUAAAGGCUAUGAAGUAAAAAGAAUGACAGCGGAUGGCAAUUGCCUUUUUCGUGCUGUUGCGGACCAAGUGUAUGGGGACUCAGAAUUGUAUGAUUUGGUCAGGCAGAUGAGCAUGGAUUACAUGGAGCGGGAGAGAGACCACUUUUCUCAAUUUGUAACGGAAGGUUUCUCCUCAUACUGUAAGAGAAAGAGAAGAGAUAAGGUUUAUGGCAACAAUGUUGAGAUCCAAGCCAUGUCUGAAAUGUAUAAUAGACCUAUUCAUAUAUACUCCUACUCCACAGAGCCUAUCAAUACAUUUCAUGGAAGCUAUGACACUGAUUCACCACCAGUACGCCUGAGUUUUCAUUAUGGUAACCAUUACAACUCUCUUGUUGACCCACGACGUCCAACAACUGGUGAAGGACUUGGUUUCAGCUCUCUUCGUGGGAGAAAUGCUGACAAAGAUCAAGUCAAAGCUGCUAUUAAAGCUCAGCAAGAUCAGCAAAUCGAUAAUGCACUAUUAGCUGAGGGGAGGUUUUACUCUGAUCUUGAGCUCACAGAGAAGGAAAUUGAACGCUCCGUAAUGGAAGCUUCCCGAGCUGAAUAUCUUGCUGGUGGUACAUUAAAGCAUCAACGUGGCCACCGAGAAUCGUCUACAUCAACUGCUGAGCCAUCUUCUUCUGGAGCAAGAUCAUCACGUAGUGAUCCCAAGAAGGAACACGGGAAAGAGAAUGAGUCUAGUCUUAGCAGCAGCAUGCACAUCUUACUAUCGAUGGGAUUUAGUUACCUACAAGCUAUAGAGGCAUACAGCAUUUUUGGGGAUGAUGUUGAUUCUAUGGUUUGUUACCUGUUGGAAACUGGCAGCAGUAGCAGACGGAAAGGAAAGGCUACUGAAUGA